AUUGACUCUGCAGGCAGAAGUUGGGCCAAGAAAGUAACGUGACUAUCUUAAAUAGGAGUCCGCUAAAAAUCGGAAAAUUUUGGAUUACAUAGUUGUUAAUUUGUACUUCACAUUAAUGAAGAGAUCGCACACGUAUAAUUUCAGAGAUGGGAAGAGGACAAAGGGAAGAUUAGACAAAGGUAGGAUGACGCUAAUAUAUUUAACACACACCUGACGGUAGACAUUUUGCAGUCGAAGAGGGCGUUCAGCAUGUCUGCAGUAGGAUAUCAGCAGUCCAUACGGUUUCUGGGCGGGAUUUGUAUUGUUUUGCUUGUUGUUAUGUUGGACCUCAUAUACUUUAAUGGAUCAACGCCGCAACUGAAUAGAAAAGGAAUGAACGUUACUGUGCCUCAGUUUAAAAAAUAUCAGGCACGUGUAUGUUCUCUGGACUUUUUACGGAACUACUUCGUGAAAACCGGACGCUUUUUUGGAGGUGGGAAAUGGGUGAAUGAUAAAUGGUGGCCAAAAGAUUGCAUGAUGCCUAAAUACCUUAGCCCUGAACAACUUGCACCUUGUUUAGUAAAGAAAAACAUAAAGAAAAUAGGGCAAGUCGGAGAUUCACAAUCUAUGCGGUAUAUGGCAGCUAUAAAACGGGGUGAAAAUGCUUAUUCGUGUAAAUUGUUAAAAAGUGAAAGCACGAUGUCAAGAUCACCAGCUCCAAGUUACUUCAGCCCUCCUCUUGACCCCAAGUCCAUACGAGUAGCCAGCAGGGACUGUAGCGGGUGUGCCGGACAGCUUGUUCGCUGUACACCUCAAGGUAGCACAGAAACGACUGACAUUGAAGUGUUAAUUACGGAAUAUACUAAAGACCAUGAAAUAUCUACAAAAAGAAAUGCCUGGAAACAUGAGUGCGACGACAGGCUGAAGAAUAUUAGUGGAAUAUUUUGUCAAGAGUCGAUGACAACGCAAGAGGUGUAUUUCCGUGAAUACUGGGCUCUUUCUGGAUACCCAGAUGUAAUCAUUAUAUAUGCUGUUCACGCCCACGAGGCACAAAAGCGACGGCCAAGUGAUUUUAGACGUGAUUUCACUUGGUUUAUAGACCUUGUCGUUUCUGUGGUGCCAAAAACAACAAAGAUUUUAUACUGGAACUCCCCGCAGGUUAAUUCUGCCAAACAACCAGUCUUUUGGAGAAAUAUCACUGCCAAUACAUACAUCAGCCAAUUAAAUGCAGUAAGCGCAUCUGUGAUAAAAAAAUUCAUCAUUGAGAAAAAGGUAAAUAAUUUAUACCCGAUGUUUGACUUAUAUGGAAUAUCUAGGGACGUCAUGAAGUGGAUUGUAGAUGGAGUUCACUUCUCGGGUCCGUGGUACAACCAAAUUAUCACGCUGUUUUGGACAACUUUAUGUGCAGAUUAACCAUUUAAAAUAAUAAUAAUAAUAAUAAACGUAUUUAUUAGGUGUUAUCUAUCGGAUGAAUAUCAGUGGGGUGUCUCUUCCACCCGUUCUCUCGGCGAGUUUUUACACAAUAUGACUUACUAUCGGUGCAGUGGUUUUUAAAGAGCCGACCUCGGCAUUGUUUGGCGUGCCAUGGCCAUCUCCACCUUGACACGAUGAAGAUAGGCUAUAGUGAAGAGGUUAGUGGCAAGUUAUCUCUGAAGCUCAGGGUGCCAUCUCAGAUUGAGUUGAUAAAAUUGUGCAGAGAUAAACAUACAUGAAAUUACAUACAUACAUAGAAGAAUGUCCCUCCAAUUUUUAAUAGCGUAUGAAAAAAAUGAGAAGGAAGAGAAUGCAAUGUGCAGUUCCACAUACAGGGUAUCGAUAGAAGUAGAUAUUAACAAUACGGAUAAUACAUUCUUGGUUAAAAGGCUGUACUACUCAUUUUUACUUCUAUGGAAAUCAUUGUGGAGAAUCAUAUUUGAGGGGGUCCAUUGUUAAUUUGAAUAAAUCGCAUAAAAACGGAUAUCUGCACCGGUACAAUGUAUGUUGGGUUUUCUUAACCCUUAGGCAUGUUAAAUAUGGAAUAAAAGCAAAGGUUAAUACCCGCAUAUGAUCAUUUGUUUACAAGAGCGCAUAGGACUAAUGGUGGUACUACCCUUUUGACCAUGAGUGUACUUAGCAAACAUUGUUGGGUAGAAGAUGAAGAUAUUUGUAUAUAUACUUAUGCAUGGGGCCCAGGCUGGUUUUUCAUAAUAUGCUCUUUACUUAGGCUGCCCGUAUUGUUUGCUAGUUUACCUCCGGCAUGUGUUGAAACUCCACUGAGUACCCUCAUCCAGGGUCGCAGAUUAAUUAUGUUCACUUUUCUCACAGCAGAGAAUCAUGUCCUUAAUUAUCCAGAGACAUAAUAUCUGUGAAUAUAUAGUGGAAAAAAUCAAUCUGUGUUCCUGGUAGAGGUAUCCUUGGACUUUGUUGAAAGGUUUUGCACUUUAAGCCAAUAAAUCGUGGAGUCCAGCAUUUACUGAGAUCUCUAUGUGACCCACAAGCAAUACACAUUAUAGUGGUUUGAUUUGAAUUAUGUGUCAUGAAAUGUCUAGUUAAAAAAGUAACACUACAGGGGCGGA